UUAGUGGUAUUUUUAAUGCUCAUAAUUUAGUUUAUAAUUUGGAAGUCCAAGGCCAGGUUAUUGUUUGUCGAGGGGGAUCUUCUACUGAUAGUUGUUGUCAGUUUUGUUAUGUUGGUAUAGGUUUAGCUGGUUGUUGCAGUACUUAUAUUGAUUGUCUAAGAAUUUCAGAAGGUCCUAAUACUUGCAAAACUGCUUAUUACACUUGUGCAGAUAGAUGUGCGACAGUUAAUGGGAUUUCUUGUGACAGUAGAUAUGCUCAACGCUGUUCACGUGGUUUGUAA